GUCGGGUACGACGUCGGAGAAGGAGGAGGAAGAGGCGGCGGCCCCGCCCACUGCCCCCCUCCCUCCGAGCUGCUUCCCAUCCCCGGGGGCGUCGCGCGGCAGACUGGAGCCCUCCCGCUGUAGGGGCGCUCGCGUGAAUGGCCGGGCGCCUUGCAGGGCAUGGCGGGGGCGUCAAUCGGGUCCCCCUGCUCGUGGCUUGAAAAGAGGCGGGGACGGCGGCAGCCCCGCCACUAGCACCGCGGCGCCGCCGCUCCGACAAGAGGAGAAGCGGCCCCGUGGAAGGAGGCGACUCGGGGCAAGGGAGGCGGGUUGCAGCAGCAGCAGUUGCUCCUGCUCCUCCUCCUCGGUAGCUGGGCCCGUGGAGAGCGCCGAAGGACACAACUCUGGCCCUGCUGGCUGGUCUGGGUGCGUGAAGCCCCCGGAGGCGCCGGCCUGAUGGCUGCGGGACCCCCUCCCGGCUGAGCGCCUGCGCCGGCCUCGGGAUCGGCGCCCCUGCUGCCAGACAGGAGGCGCGCUCCGCUCGGAGGGGAGGGGAGGGCUCCAGCGCAGCGCGCCCCCGUCCGCCUGUCUGUCCGUCGGUCCCGCCGUGCACGAGCCGGGCGCUCCCGCCGUGCCGCCAUCUUCCUCUGUCUGUCUGUCUGCCAGCCCGGGCGGCCCUUUGUCCUCCUGCAGCGCUGCUGGGCGAGUCCAGGCCGGGCGACGGAGUCAGGUAAGGGCCGAGGCGGCGGCAGCCUCCUUUCGAGCGCGGGGUGGGGGCUGAUCUCUAAACGCCCCCCGCUCGCCUACCCUGGUCAUCCCCCGCAUGGUGACAGGGCUCUUCUUUCCGCAGGUGCGCCCCCCCCGGGGGGGGGAACCAUGUCCCGUCGGAAACAGACCACCCCCAAUAAAGUCCACUGUGAGUAAUAAGGGGAGGGGGGCUGUUGUCACUUCCACCUUCACCCCCUUCCCCCGCUUAAGCGAGGCAUCCUCAUCCGCAAAAUGAUGGGGGGGACAGCCCUCCCCUCCACUAUUUGCUGCAUUCUUCUCCCAUAGCCCUGGUGGGGACUCCCUGCCCAGCAUCGAGGAUUUGUUGGCUGAGCUGAGACAUGUCCACGUACCACCUCUUGGAGCCUAAGGGCUCCUUAGGUACUCUGGGGGCUCAGAACCCCUCUCCGCCAUUCUAGUGGCAUUCUGUCUCUCCUUGGGCCACCUUACCCACUGAUGUUUCUUCUGCAAAUGAACAGCUUUUCAGCACUAGUUGGGAAUGGCUGGCUAGUCUCCCUUGCACAAUGGUGCCUGGAAGUCCCCUGUUCCUCAUUGUGCAGCUUUAGGAUCAGAAUUGAAAUAGCAAAGGCCCAGGAAAGAGUCUGGCAAUUUCAGGCAAGCACUGCCCACUUUGCACAACUUAAGAGAAAACGUAUCAAGGAGGAACUAAAGCAGAUAACUAAACCUGGACUACAAAAUCCACAGAAGAAGUCUCCCACCACAAAUUUGGCUUGCAAAAGUAGAUAAGUAGGUUUGCUAUUGCCUAUACUAAAGCAUCUUUUACACACAUGUAACAGCUUUACCCCUGGAGGAGAACCUGUAUGGCAGGACAAGCUCUUCCAAAAUAUGGGCCCCGGGGGUGGGAGAGCACAUGCAAAUUCUAGGGCGGAGCCAGGGCAGGCAAGAGCCCUCCCUGUGUGCUUAAUGCUGCUGAAGACAUUUGUAUUUCCAGGUCAUGUUGGAAAGGAUGUGAAGGGACGGAUUGGUCAGGCCACCGUUGCUUUGCAGGAAGGGUUUGGGGAAAGCUGUUUUGGGGAAUGGAGCCCAGGCAUUAGUCCCAUUCUGGGCCAUCUUCAGGUAGGGGAGACCAUCACUGGGCAUCUGAGGAGGGGGCAAGGAAUGACUGGGCUUGGGAAGGGCAAUGGUCUAAUGCGGCUUCUUCCUCCCCCAUUGUACUUCCAGGGGAGCAAGUCUUUGCUGGGUUAGAAGAGCACACACGUCAGGCCAUGAUGCGAAGAGACUUCCCUGGGCUGCUUGGAGCCCAGUCACCACUCAUGCAGCAGCUGCCACCUCCGCCACAAGAAAAGGACUCCAGCAGCAGCAGUAGCAGCAGCAGCAGCAACAGUGAGUUUCCCCAUCUUGUACACGAGGGCAGCUCUGGGACACCUGGGAGAGACCAAACACCUGCAUGCUGCUUUGGAAUCCUGUCAGCUGGUUUGUGGCAGAGGCCUAAAGCUGUUCUGUAUUCCAGGUGAUAGCGAGGGGGAUGAGACAACACAAGAUGAGGUCUCCUCCCAUGCUUCUGAGGAGGACGGAGCAUCAGCGACAGUGAAAAAGGAACUGGAACUUACUGAGCAGCUGGGCUGCAGCAAGCAGGUCGCUCGAGGCCAUGAGGCAAGUGCAUCACAUUGGCCGUAGUCAACACAUACUAAAGCAAAAGUGCAACACUGCUGUGGUUACUCGGUGGAAGGAGAAUAGCAAUAGCAGACUCUUGGAUGGCCCUAGCAUGGAGAAAGAGGACUGUAUAGCCCACUCUGGGAUUCCUGGGCCUGGUCCAUUGAUGUGUCCAAGUGAUCACUACAGCAAGCUCAAGUGAUUGGGUCUGGACUUUUUGGCAUUAGAGUUCCCUAAUAGUAAUGGGGGCAAGGGGAGUGAUAGAGCUGUUGUCAUCUCAUUCUGGGCUUCCCAGAAGAGGCAUUUGGUUGGCUGCUGUGUGUUAGAAAUACAAUACACAACUAGGUAGACCCUCAAUCUGAUUGCGCAGGGCUAAUCUUACAUUGUAGAGAAUCCGUCAACAUGGUCUUAAAGGGUCUGGUGCAGCAUUAGUUGGGGGGGAGGGGUAUGUGUAUGCGUGUGGCAGAAUACCAGGCAUGGGUCUUGUCCUCUGCUCUUUCCUUAGCCUGCCUUUCCUUGCUUGCAGAUGGGUUUAAAUGCCAGCCCAGAUACCCUGAUGGGACUCUCCCGUUGUCCCCUCUGCCAGCUAGAGUGUGGAAGCAGGGAGCAGCUUGUCACUCACGUCUAUCAGGUACUUAGAGGGGGCUUUGAUGAGACCAUCACGCAAGGCUAAACCAUCCCUGCCCUGGCUCCCCCUUUCCUUCCAGGCUGAAAUUAGUAAUCCUGGACUGGGAAAGGGUGGGGAUGGGGGCAGGGGCUGUUGGCAUUGGAUGCAAUUUGAAUCAUCCCCCCUGGUGGGUUUGCACCACAUCCCAGGGAAGGCCUUGCGGGUCUCUCUCCUUCUUUCCCUAACAGAAGAGGGAGCUCUUCCGUGGCUUGGCCUUGGCUGCCAGCCCUCAUAGGGACAGCUGAGAGGGGGACAGGGCGGCGGAGCCCUUGCCUCACAGCCCGGCCUCGUUUGCAGCAUACGGCAGCUGUGGUCAGUGCCAAGAGCUACCUGUGUCCCGUCUGUGGCCGAGCACUCAGCUCCCCGGGCUCCUUGGGCAGGCACCUCCUCAUCCACUCCGAGGACCAGCUGUCCAACUGUGCGGUGUGUGGGGCUCGCUUCACCAGCCAUGCUACUUUCAACAGGUGAGAAGUGGGCAUCUCUGACGGUGGGACUGGGACCACGUGGCCCAGGCCGCAUUUUGGAAGUCCUGGAGGGGCCCUGUUCAAUGGAAGCAAUGGAGGUUAUACCUGGCAAUUUCUGGAGGCAGCUGGAAUAGGUGACCCCAGCCAGAAGCAUUCUGCAGGCCAGCAUUCAUGUGGGUGGGGUGGCUUGUAAGCAUGGCCAGAGGGAGGGGGAGGGUUACAGCUAAGGCAGUAGCUUGCAAGUCUACACAAUGGUUUCUUAAGAUCUGUGCCGACCACCCGUCAUUUCUACUCUUUGACUUUCACAGUGAGAAGGUGUCAGAGGUGUUGUGUGGAGAUGCCCUGCCCAUUCCCCUCCCUGAGGCUUCUUCUGGUGCUGAGGAAAAAGCAGGUGGUGGUGCUGCUGCUGCUGUCAGCCCCACAGUGUAUCCUGCUGGCAUCCUCCUGGUGUGCAACAGCUGCGUGGCCUACCGCAAGCUUCUGGAAGCUCAAGCUCCAGGGGUUCGCAAGUGGGCCUUGCGAAGGCAGAACGAGCCCCUGGAGGUGCGGCUGCAGCGCCUGGAGCGAGAGCGCACAGCUAAGAAGAGCCGUCGAGACAACGAGACGCCGGAGGAGCGGGAGGUGAGGCGCAUGAGGGAUCGAGAGGCCAAGCGGCUGCAGCGUAUGCAGGAGACGGACGAGCAGCGUGCGCGCCGCCUGCAGCGGGACCGUGAAGCGAUGCGCCUCAAGCGGGCCAACGAGACCCCUGAGAAGCGGCAGGCUCGGCUCAUCCGGGAGCGUGAAGCCAAGAGGCUAAAGCGGCGGCUGGAGAAAAUGGACAUGAUGCUGCGGGCACAGUUUGGCCAGGACCCCUCAGCCAUGGCUGCAUUGGCAGCCGAGAUGAACUUCUUCCCACUGCCAGUGGGUGGGCUAGAGCUUGAGGGGCAGCUGCUUGGUAAAAUGGCCUUUGAGGAGCCGAGUCCCAGUGCCCUGCACUGAGGAGGGUAAAAAGGAGGACCUGCUCUUGUCUGCUGAGGCCCCACUUGCUCCGCCAGUGAAGCAUGGAACUGGAGUGUGACAACGGUCUGAGAGGGGCAGGGAGGGAGGAAGGGGCGGGCGCACUGGCUGUGAUCAGAAAUAAAUUAAUUGUACAUGUCCUCAGUCUGUGCCUCUUGGGCUUGGCCAAUUCACUGCAGCAGCUUGAGAGGCAGCUGCUGCUUCUGCCUUGCCCAGCUUGCUUCCUUGCUGGGCAAGAUCCAGCUGGAACUUUGCAGUUCUGUAGCCUGCCCCUUACUACAUCACGUUGGAGCUCUUAAGUGGGGACUAGCAAAGAAGGUGGAGUCCUGAAGAGGGAGGUGUAUAAUACGGCUUGGAGCCUCACAAGUUACCCACAGGGGUGUAUUAGGCCUAAUCAUAGUGGCUGCUAGACUUAGGUACAGCAGCACCAAAUGGGAGGUUUGCGGAAGAAUUUGACAUUCUGGGGGAAUAUGUGUUGGGGAGGGAGAAAGGUCCUAGAUUUGAGUGCUGCUGCUCUUCUUGCCUUUGUGCAUAGAGAGAUGGUGGUGGAAGGAGCACCAGUGAAAGGCAGACUUCUAAACAAAGGCUAGAGGAAGACCCUGCUGAGGGGUAUAUUUCUUUUCUUGGUCAGCAGCCUGUGUCGUCUCUUGCCCAACUUCCAAACUAGGUAAAAGGGAGAGACUUGGCUGCACAAGCGAGGUGAAGUUAUCUCUGUCUUGUUAGCCAGGUCUGUUCUGUUCUAUUAAUCUUAAAUCAUAAAACCUAUGUGCAGCCUGUUAAAUUUUUUGCACAACAGAACAGAGGUAAUUGUGCCAGUGUGAAGAUUGCUAAUUGGGGCUUUAGUGACCAUCGUAUGAAUGUAAGGAAGUUUCCUUUAUGAGCUUUCUGCCAAAAUUUUCUCCAGGAGACAAGCAAGACACAGACACAUCAAAGGAAAAGCUAUUGGCUUAUAAUUAUAUAGAUAUAUAUAUAGAUAUAGAUAUAUGUAUAUAUACUGUUUACAUAAGUCAACAAGUUAAAUGCAGUAUUCAUAAGAGCAUUAACAAUAAAAAUACAAUCUGUGUG